GGCUUAUCCCUUGGAAUGCGUGGACCGACGGUAUCGAGCGCUUCGGGCUGGGGUAUCUUCGCUUUUCUUUUCUUCGUAUUGGCCACCCCCAGUCCUGCUGCCGUCCGCAGAGCGGAUCGUGGACACUGCAACAAGACCGUAGACAUAUACGAGGACGUAUCGAGCCCGGCCGUGACUGCAACCAAUUGGGGAAAGUCCCUGUCCUGCUGGUACCGUUUUCGCGCGUUUCGUGGAACACCACGGGACUGGAUUUUGCGCGUUCGCUUCAAAAAGUUUAAAGUCGGCGUGUUAGAGAAUGCUACCACCUGUUCCGGAGGUUACUUACAGAUCAUCGACGGCAACACGAAAACCGAAGUGAGCAAUCGCAAAGAUCCCGGCGUAUACUGCGGCGAAUCGGAGCAACCGCAAACGUUCAUCUCCGAGACGAGUUUCGUCCGAGUGAUCUUCCACGCGGACAAUUUCACAGAUCAAACUUACUUCAGCUUCGAUUCCCGGGCGGAACAGCAGUUCGAAGUGUACUUGCGAUAUGGCCAACACCCGGAACUGUAUCCGAACCGACGUGGCGAGAUCGUGCCGGGCAGUUACUGCGAACGGGUGUUCAAAGAUUGCAAGCUCCAAACGUGUUACGUACAGAGCCCGGCUUAUCCGGGCAUAUAUCCGCGGGCACUGCAUUGCAAGUAUCGUUUGAACACACGGCUGCCGUUCAUCAAGCUGUACAUCGAGAACGAAGAGUUCAAUAUCGACGGGCAGAGAUGCGAGAAUAUAAUGACCUGCCCGAUGAGACCGAUUAGUUCCGGGUCGGAGCACUGCCCGUACGAUUACAUACGCGUGUACGACGGCAAAGACGAGAGCAGCCCGGUGAUCGGCACGUUUUGCGGCAUGGGCAAGUUCCCGUACAGCAUAAUCGGCACCAGCGAGGAUCUUUACGUGGAAUUCGUGUCGUCGCCGGCCGGGCCGCUGCUAAACACCGGAUUCCACUUCAACGUCGGCAAUUGGCCCGGCCACGUGGAGACCGCCGGCGUACGGAACGGUAGCUGCGAUUGGCUGCUGAACAGCGAGUCCUUGAACACCGGAAACGAGGGGAUAUUCCUCUCGGUGGCCCAUUGGUAUCCCCCCCACACAAGCUGCACGUAUCUAUUGAAAGGCCGUGUCGGCGAAAUCGCGAGACUCUACUUCCCAAGCUUCCGGGUGAAUCGGAUCGAGUCGCCGAUCCAACCAUACGACGGCGAUUGCGGCGAAAGCCUGACCCUGUACGACGCCGACUGGCCGGAUGACGCGAGGAUCAUCAAAACUUUCUGCGACACGUUCAGCAAACCGAUGGAGAAGCACGAUUUCGUCUCGACCUCGAACGCUCUGUUCGUGAAAUUCGAGAGCAAGACGGGUAGCUACUCGGGCAGCUCGCUGUAUUAUUGGGCGCAUUAUGAUUUCUUCAAUGCGACGCGAUUCGGCGAGCCGGUGCCUGGCACCGAAUGCGACGAGACGUUCGCCUCGUGGAAAUCCCGUUCCGGUAGACUUCGAUCGCCGUUGAACAGUCUCGUCUACAAACGUCCUGGCGAUCCACCGACCGAUCUAUCCUGCACGUACACCUUCGUCACGGACAAGCGAUUGUACGCGCGUGUUAUUCUUACCGUAGAAUCGGUCUCCUUUAAGGAGCAUCCGUACUCGCAAUGUGGGCGUUGUUGGGACAGUCGAGUCGACCGGUUGAUUAUCAGGGAGCCAACUGUCGCGGUCUCUGGUGACCAACAGUUCCAUCAAACUCAACAACAAUCCCAACAACGUUCGCAGUACUAUCAGAAUGCACAGCAACAAGAUAUUGGAAUGGAUAAGGGUCAUUGCAUCUGUCGAUCGACGGUUAAUUCUGGUUCGCACAACGAAGGGAAACCGUUGGUUCGCAUGGUCUCACGCGGAGAAAAGCUCGAAUUGAAGUUACUGGUGGACGGGGCGCAUUCAGCGGCGAGUUACUUCAAGCAGUCCGCCCCGUUGUUCGAGGCGACGUACGAGUUCGCUCAUAGUCCUUUAUGCGGGCCAGCGAUUCUGCCGGCCACCACCGACGGAGAAAUCGAAUUUCCUCAUUACGAGGCGCUCGGAUACGUCGCUCCGCCUCGGUCCAUCAAAUGCAUCUGGGAGAUACGCGUGAAUCGGGACAGGGACGUCUGGUUGCAUUUCGAUAAAAUUAAAUUCGCCUCGAGGUCCUGCGAGGACGGGAAACUGGAGAUAUUCUUGCCGGGCAGCACGGAACCGUUUCUCGGUGUGUGCGGCGAAAACGUGAGUCAAGUCCAAGAAAUGCCGAUCAUUUCGGCGGCUCGGAUAACCCCGAAUGGCGUUCGUACGACUGGGGAUCGCGGUUCCUCGGGAUUAGACUCGAUCCAGACGUAUUUGCAAUCGCAACAAUCUAUCGUAGGGGCGUCGCCGUCACAGACGUCCUCGGUGCCGAACGAACAAAAUCGCCAAGAAUCGGAAUGGCCAGCUGUGAUCGUACAAUUCACAGGUUCGAUGGCGCCGGCGAGGGCGGCUUUUAAGAUCGCCUGGACGGAAUUGUAUCAUCUGCCACGCGAUGCCUCAGGCGCUCUGAACACGCAGAAGCUCGAGGAACUUUGCGGCUUCCGGUGUCCCGGUGACGCCGGUUGCAUUCCCACGCGGCUAGUCUGUAACGGGGUGAUUAAUUGCCCGGUACCGGAACCCAGGUCCGUUUUUCGAAACACGAACAACGGCACCGGUUUCCUCGCGAUACCAGAGGAACCGAACGACGAAUCGAUCGAGACCUGCGGGGCGGACGUGAUCGGUGCUCGUGGUAACGCGGCUGGUUCCGGAAACGGCGUCGGCAGUUUCGCCAGCGUGGUCGGUUCCGCUGGAUGGGCGGGCGCCGGUCUGGGCGCCAGCUUAGCCGUUCUUUUCGGUCUGGUCUGUUUAAUCACGGUCUGCAAAAUUUGCAGACGUCGCUCCGAACCUAGGAAUAUCCACGUACCUUAUUGA